GGCUGCAAAUGCAAAACUUAACAAUUUUUGUCGCCUGGAGCCUACACUUCACCUCCUUGGUGUACAGUUUAAUGUGAAUGUGGCCCAAGACAUCAUGACUGGACAGCAUGGGGCUGCCACAAAGCUUUUAUAUGAAUUGUAUGUUGCUUUAGAAAAAAAAAGAAAGGCAAAGCUCACUGGAGUAGCCAUGGAAUCAAUGAGACCUGCAGCAACUGCAAAGCUUAAGUCUAUUGAAAGUGUUCUGUAUCGAGAGCAUUUGAAAAAUUUAAUGCCACGUCAGGCUGAUUUGCAACUACAGCAGAUUUCAGAGCAUUUUCAAAUAAAAUCUAAGGCAAUCGGAGAUAAAAUAGCUCGUACACGUUUUGCAGAACAACAGAAAGUUGAGAAGCUCGAAGAGGAACAAAGAGCCCAAAACAUUGAAAAGCAUCGCAUAGGAAGAAGGAGACAAAAUGAAAUAAUGGCCAGGAUUCACGCAGCCAUUAUACAGGUUCCAAAGCCACCACCGAGCCACACCAUAAAAGCUAUUGAAGCCAAAAAAUUCUUAAAGAAGAAAAGAGAAGCAGAGGAUGUAUACAAGGAGAUUAAAAAGUUUGAGAACGAUAUACAAGAAUCAUUGCAAACACAGAAGUUGCAAGAUACAACCCUAGAAAGUACAGCACAAACAGCAACUGAGCUGUUAAAUAUUUAUUCAGAUGAUGAAUAUAUAAGGAAAAUUAAAAAACGUUUAGAGGAAGAUGCAUUUGCUAGAGAACAACGAGAAAAGAGACGACGAAAAAUGCUAAUGGGAGAGUUAAUAGCACAUGAAGCUGAACAGGAGGCUUACCGGGAGGACCAACUUAUUUACAGACUAAUGAGACAAUCUCAGCAGGAGCGGAGGAUUGCUGUUCAACUCAUGCAUGUUCGACAUGAAAAAGAGAUGUUAAGGCAAACCAGAAUUUUCAGGGAAAAACAAUAUGAAGAAAGACGACUGAAAGAGUUCCAGGAAGCUCUUGAUAGAGAAGCGGCUCUUGCAAAACAAGAAAAAAUUGAUUAUGAAGAACAAUUUAUCAAAGAAAGAGAACGUCAUGAGAAAAUUGCCGUUGAAAGAGCUCAGGCACGUUACAAAAAGCAUUAUUCUAUAUGUUGGGAAGUGAUCCAGCAAAUCAUUGAUAUGUCAACAAAAGUAGGAGAGUAUCGUCUGCUGACAAACAACAGAAUUCCAUUAAAACUGAUGUUUGAUUGGAAGGAAUGUUUUUUUAAUGGAAAACCAAUUUAUGAACAAACCUCAAUUCAACCUUUGCCAAACGAACCCAGCCCAGAACGACUUGUAGAGUUGAAUAAAAUGAAUCUGUUAGAUGAGAAAGAUUAUGGUGAAUACAAGUUGGAAUUUCUCUUGCUGAAACAUUUGACUUUGCGUCUCAACCCUUUUUUGCGCACCCAAAAUGUGGUGACAAGUUUGAAUCUAAUUGGGAAAAUUAUUAGUCCACUUUGCAAUAUUCGGGUGCUGUCUGUUGAUACCCUGGUUCAGGAGGCCAUUCAAGCUUUUCUUAAAAAUGAAAUGAAAAGUGAACAUAAUGUGAUUCCACAAGAAGUGGAGAGUUCUGGGAAACAAAAUGAGCAUCUGGGAGCAGCAAAUGCAGGCUGCUCCAUGAGGGAAUGUGAGCUAGGUGACAAGGGCAGUAGCAAAGCCGGAAGUGCCAACAUUCACCAACAAAGAGUGAGGGUGUCGGCUGAAGUCAGGGUCACUAUCAGGUUCGGAGAAAUUGAUCAGUGUGAGCCUCAGUCUGGUG